AUGAUUAAUGGGGGGGGGGUUUGGGGCGCAGCCCCAGGCUCUCCGCAGGAGUGGGGCUUGGGGCAACGCCCCAAUAGCUCUCCGCAGGAGCUGGGGUUCAAGGGGCUGGCCCCUUGCACAUGGGGAACAAUAAUACCAAGGAUGUCGUUGCAUGGGGCGGAGCCCCAAUGGGGUCUGGGGCAACGCCCCAGGGGGGUUCGGGGCGCAGCCCCGAUGCCCUCCGCAGGAGCUAGAGACCGAAGAACGCGUGGGUGCAAGAAAAUUGUUACCCUCUUUGCCUGCAAUGAUUGUGUUGCCUUCUCUCUUCCUUCUCUGUGCGAGGAGUGCCCUGGCGAAUCGUGUAUCUGGGGACGGAUACCAAUGGGACAAGUUUUGAGUCUUUUCAUUGUUGUCCUGUUCAGAGCUGCCAUCUACAUUGCGGUUGCACUAUUUCUAAUGACAAUCAGCUGCCUCGUUCGACGUUGUCGUGCACGGCGAGACGCCAGGCCCAACCAGCGACCGGACGACCCAGAGAGUCCAGCUACCAACCCAACGCCAGGAAGUCCAAAGGCCGCUGAGGACAAGGGAUGGAAUGCGGCGGGCAGCGUAAGCCUUCAAGUUCCACCUCCCAUCCAUUCGCCUCUUCCUGGUGGAAAUCACCAGGCCGGUUCUUCACCUCCUGGACCACCCCCUGAUCAUCAAGUAUGAAAGCAAUAUUAAUCACAUGGCGGUUGCUAUUUUCGUGG